AUGACGUCAUGGCAUUUCUCUCCGCGUUACACGGAAUUUUGUUAUCGACUUCGUUGGAUACACUUCUGGUUAUUCAAAAGUUUCCUUAUCCCAACAUAUGAAUGGCAACGUUUAAACAUGUAUGGAAUUGAAUCCUUGUCACAAGUAGUGCAUGUCUACCUUGGCGUUGUUACUGGAGCUUCACUUUGGAUCAUAAUGGUUGGCAUUUUGGGUAUAUUGACAGGUGUAAAAUCUAUGGAACAUAAAAAAACAUACAACUUGAAAAUUGCUUACAUGGUAACAGCCAUUUUAUCGGCCACAAUAUUUUCCUUGGUUGGGAUCAGUCUCUCUGCAAUCGUUAACCAGCAUUUGUAUAGCAUUGGAAUAGUGGGCAGUCUAUGCAGUUUUGCUGACUUUGUUUUGGCCAUUGUGUCCUCCUCUAUCUGCUGUUGCUGCAGCAACACAAAUAUUACUAAUGUUGUGGUUGUUCAGUCCACUGGAGCUGGACAAUUUCCUCCUCCAUAUGCAGCUUCUAACCAAGCAUAUCCUGUUUCUAGCCAAGCAUAUCCUGUUUCCCAAGUUCCUGAAGAUGGCUUCACCAAUCCAGGUUACCAACCAAAUGGUCCUUCAGUCAGUUACACAAUAAAGAAUGACAUAGCUUGA